GCGAUGCAAGCUCAGGAGUAGUCGUCUGCUAGAAUGAGCCGCUCAGACGGGAGUAAUGAAAACGACGACGAAAUUCGCCUGAUUGCCCCUGAAUUGCAUCCUUGUUUGCGAGAUGACGCGGCCGAUGGGACAUCACACGCGGGCGGCACGUUCAGCGAGCUCACGCCCGAGGGGGACAAGGCAAAGGCGGCGCUUAAAAAACAGAUGAAACGUAAACACUCGGCGAAUUUGAAUCCCCCAAAGAGGAACGCCAUUUUGAAAAAGUCAGUAGAGAAAUUAAAAACGUCCCUUAACUGCUGCAAAUGUACCCGACGAUCGUGCGGGCAGUACCUCAAGCGGUUAUUUCCCUUCACUACCAUCCUCAAUGGUUACAGCGCCUUGUACGAUUUGCCGUGUGACGUCAUUGCCGGAUUGACGGUGGGGAUUAUGCACAUUCCGCAAGGUAUGGCCUACGCCCUACUGACCACCCUGCCACCUGUGUAUGGCCUGUACACCUCGUUCUUCCCUGUUCUGGUCUAUUUCUUCUUUGGAACAUCCAGGCACAUAUCUGUAGGUACCUUUGCUGUAGUUUGCCUAAUGGUGGGGGGCAGUUGUGGACAAAGGUUACGUCGCCUGGCAGCGCCAGGAACUCCAGGCGUGGUGACUACAGCUGCACCAGCUACCAACAGCUCCGCCUCAGCUGGUUUUGACAACUUCUUUAGGACCAAGCACUUGACAGAGCUGGAGUCCAUCAAAGUGGGUUACGCCAUGGCCGUGACCUUCGCUGUGGGGCUUCUUCAGGUUUUCCUAGGGUUUAUGAGGCUGGGGUUCUUGACGACUUUCUUGUCUGAUCCCCUAAUCUCUGGCUUCACAACAGGGGCAGCUAUCCAUGUUUUUUCUAGCCAGAUCAAGUCAGCAUUUGGGGUCAAAGUUCAGCGCUUCAGUGGUCCUCUUAAAUUAGUUUUUGCUUAUCAUGAUUUUUUCUCCAACAUUCAAAUGGCUAACGUCGUCACCAUGUCCAUAACACUGGUCACAAUACUCGUCCUUGUAGCUAUACGGGAAGGGAUCAACAACAACAAAACCUUCAAGGCUAAACUACGGGGUAUACCUGUACCUGGUGAGCUGAUCGCACUCAUUGUUGGAACAAUUCUAUCCCAUCAUUUUCAUCUACAUCGAGAGUUCAAUGUGGAAGUCAUUGGACACAUUCCCAAAGGUUUCCCCACAGCAAGCCUAACAUUUGUAAAAUAUUUGCCUGAUGUCAUAGGGGAAUCAUUUGCCAUUUGUUUUACUGCUUUUGCCACAUCAUUUGCCAUCUCCAAAAUCUUAGCUGACAAACACAAUUACAUUGUGGACUCUAAUCAGGAGCUAAUCGCACAUGGAGUCAGUAAUGUCUUAGGCUCAAUGUUCUCAUCUUUCUGCAGUGCUGCGUCCUUGUCCAGGAGUAUGGUGCAAGAUGGCGUUGGUGGAAGAACACAGAUUGUCAGCUUGUUCUCUACAGUGCUUGUAGUCAUUGUGCUGCUGGCCCUAGGUCCAUUGUUUGAAGACUUACCCAAUAGCGUCCUGGCUGCCAUUAUCAUUGUCUCACUCAAGGGAUUGUUCUACCAGUUUGUAGAGCUGAAACGACUGUGGAGAGUUUCUAAAGUAGAUUAUACUGUUUGGCUUGUGACAUUUGUUGCCACUGUUUUGCUAGAUGUGGACCUGGGACUUUUGAUUGGCCUCAUCUACAACUUGGUGCCCAUUCUUUUACGCACACAGGAGCCAUACAGCUGUUUACUAGGCCAUCUUCCCAAUACAGAUAUCUAUGUGGACAUGAAAGUUUACAGGGAGGCUGUACCAGUACCUGGAGUUAAAAUCUUCAAAUUUGAGGCACCACUGUAUUUUGCCAACAUGGAAAACUUCAAGGCAGCGCUGGUGAAGGCAACAAAUGUUGACCCUCACUAUAUGAAGAUUCUCAAGGAGCAGAUGAAAGAUACAGAUAUGACUUUAAGGCACAGUGAGGUCUGUAUGGCAGCUUCUGGCAGCUGGACAGAGGACCCAUGUGAAAGCCACAAUCAUGGUCGACCAUUGGGAUCUAACAAUUUCUCCCCAAACUGUGAGACCUUUGCUAUAAUAAUUGAUGGGUCAGCCAUUCAAUAUGUGGACAGUGUCACAGUCAGGAUAUUGAAAGAUAUUGUGUUAGAAUACAGAGAUGUAGAUAUUGAUGUUUAUCUUGGAGAGUGUAAAGCGCCGGUGCGUAUUAUGCUGGACAAGUCUGGCUUCUACAACCAUGUGUAUAGAAGAAAUGUCUGCGCCACCAUCCACCAUGCUGUCCAAGUGGCACAGAAGAGUGCUGCAAUGUCAAGAGAGACUAUAGCCAGUACAUUCACCAUGGCGCCAGAGGAUUUCCUAAAGGACGGAGAAUUUGUCAAGCUGGAGAUGGAGAGCUCAGCCGAAUCCGUGGAUAAAAUAGUGGCCGAGAUCAACCCUAAAACACCAUGAAUCACAAAGUCUCAGGCUCUCUCACCACUCAAACACCAUGUGUCACCAUGAAAAUAUUAUGAAUAAACUAACACUAGCCACGAGGCUGUGUCACCAUUAUAAAACCAUGAAUCAACCAUGGUCACCACUGAAACACCACGAAUCAACGAUCACUACCUUUAAGGCUGUCACCACUGAAACACCAUAAAUCAACUAACACUAGCCUUAUGGUCAUGUCACCUUAAAAAGCACCAUGAAUCACAAUCAUCAGGAGCAGGUGUUGGUGCAAAAGACUUACAAAAGACUAACCACACAAUUCUAGUUAUUUUAAGUUACUUUUCAAGAUCUCAGUGAUUUCAGUUUAGCUUUUCAAAAGAUCAUUACAACUGUAAAAUAACGAAUAUUUCCAAGACAUCGACUGGUUCAAUUAAGUGUCUUAAUUAUGUUAAACAGUUUCCUUUUUUAAAAUACUGUUUGAAUGUUCUUUAUGUAAUGAUAAAAGAAAUUUUGUAAAACGUGGUAUUAAAAUUUUCCCCCUCUGUUAUUAUGUUUUUAUAUAGUAUAUAAAAUGUCAUUUAAAUUUUAACUUGCAAAUAUCACUGUGCGAUUUAUGAUACUCUAUGUAAUGACCUUAAAGUCUUAAGUUAAAUAUUAUGUGUGAGAUUAAAUCAAUAAUAUUUUAGAAAAUGUAACUGUAUUGAAGUAGAUCCUACAUAUUUAAUUGUUGUAUAUAGACAUUGCCAUGUAUAAUGUAACGUUGAGUUGUUGUU